AUGCUGUGUGCCCAGGCGAGCAGCUUACAGCCAGAAGAGGCCGGCUCCCCUCCUGAUAUUAAGGCCAGCCCUCGCUUGUCCAGAGCCAGUAUCUUCCUCAAUCAGAUCCUGCAGUUUGUCAGCAGGGUGGAUAUCAAGUACAAGCGCCUGAACAGCAACGAGCGCGUGAGGAUCAUCAACACUUGCAGUGCAACACUAGCGAGGCAAAGCUUCGAGCUGCUCAGACAAGAAGACGCUGCUGACCCCGACAACGAACUGAGCAGAAGCUUGAACCUGAUCCCUUACAGUCCCGUCACGCCUCAGCGGACCCAAAGGCGAAGACCGGUUCUCUUCACUCCGGCCGCACUGGCCAAGACCAUCAUCCAGAAAAUACUGAACAUGGGCGCAGCCAUGGACUUUAACAUCUGCAAACCGGAUACCAUAACCAAGGAGGAGUUUAAUCUGAAACAGAACGUGGAGCCCUUCAUUCACUACAAGGAGAAGCAGGCCACAUUCGAAUGCAUCACCCGGGAAAACAUCGAAGCCGUUGCUGCCAAGGGUAAACACUGCCUGCUGGAGGCCGAGCUGAGCUGCGUCAAGGACCUUCUGCGGCAAGAAAUCUACCCCAUUAUCAUUUAUGUCAAGAUCUGUGAGAAAAAUGUCAAGAAGCUAAGGAAGCUGCCUCUGCGCGUGGAGUCGGAGGAGGACUUUGUGAGGUUGUGUCGGGCGAAAGAGAAGGAGCUGGAGGCCAUCCCUUGCCUGUACGCCACCCUGGAGCCCGACUCCUGGACGGGGAUGGAGGACCUGAUAAGGGUCAUCAAGGACAGAAUUUUGGAGGAGCAGAAGAAGACGAUCUGGGUGGAGCAGGACCUGCUGUGGCCUCCUGUGCACCAGUCUGUACAUUUAAAUACGUGUGUAGCUAAAUGCAGUAAACCACAAAACUUGUAAAUCUACUGUAGCUCUCGUUUUAUAUUUAUAGUCAGACUCAAAGAGGCACGUCCUUGAGACCCAAACAAAUGCAUUAUGUAUUUUGUAAAAUUGUAUUUCAAUUUUCUAAAGAUAAACUAAUUUAAAACCC